AGGAAGACGCCUGCAGAGCCAGGCUGCUGCUGCAGCUGCGGCUGAGGCAGAGGGUGGUGCUGCUUCCAGACCGUUUGCCUCCGAGCCUGGGCCUGGUCUCCAAGUGAGGAGGCGGGACGUGGCCAAUCCGGGGCCCUGAAGGUGCCCAGUGCCCGCUGAGGCUUAGUGGGGAUUCAGGCUGCGGCCUGUCAGAGCCAGACAGGGAGGCGCCCACGCUCCUGACAGUAUAAGAUGGCGGCGAUGGCGCCUGGAGGUGGUGGCGGCGGCGUGAAUCCAUUCCUCAGCGAUUCGGACGAGGACGACGACGAGGUUUCAGGGACCGACGAGCGGCGGGCAGGACUUCGGCUGAGUUCCGGGGUCGGCCUAGAUCCUGGCUCUGCGGACUCGCUAUCGCCUCAGGAUCCCGUGGCCUUAGGGAGCAGUGCACGACCAGGGCUCCCUGGGGAGGCGUCGGCGGCUGCGGUGGCCCUGGGGGGCACUGGCGAGACCCCGGCCCGAUUGUCAAUUGAUGCGAUCGCGGCUCAGUUGUUGCGCGAUCAAUACUUGCUGACCGCCCUGGAGCUGCACACCGAGCUGUUAGAGAGUGGCCGCGAGCUCCCUCGGCUGCGCGAUUACUUCUCCAAUCCCGGCAACUUCGAGAGGCAGAGCGGGACCCCGCCGGGGUUAGGGGCGCCGGGGAUCCCUGGAGCAGCCGGCGUUGGAGGCGCAGGAGGUCGGGAGCCGAGUACUACGUCGGGUGGGGGACAGCUCAAUCGAGCUGGGAGCAUCAGUACCCUUGAUUCUUUAGACUUUGCGAGAUAUUCAGAUGAUGGUAACAGGGAAACGGAUGAGAGAGUGGCAGUCCUGGAGUUUGAACUACGGAAAGCCAAGGAGACCAUUCAGGCCCUCCGAGCCAACCUGACAAAGGCUGCAGAACACGAAGUUCCUUUACAGGAACGAAAAAAUUACAAAUCAAGUCCUGAAAUUCAGGAGCCAAUCAAACCUCUUGAAAAGAGAGCUCUAAACUUCUUAGUCAAUGAAUUUUUAUUGAAGAAUAACUACAAGCUGACAUCAAUAACCUUUUCAGAUGAAAAUGAUGAUCAGGAUUUUGAACUAUGGGAUGAUGUAGGAUUAAACAUUCCAAAACCUCCAGACUUAUUGCAACUCUACCGAGAUUUUGGAAAUCAUCAAGUGACUGGGAAAGAUCUUGUGGAUGUGGCCAGUGGUGUAGAAGAAGAUGAAUUAGAGGCUCUGACACCAAUUUUAGUUAACCUUCCUCCAACCCUUGAAACUCCUGCUGCUGUAGAGAACUCCUUGCUAGUAAAGAAAUUAGAAGAUAAAAUUAGUUUAUUAAAUAGUGAGAAAUGGUCUUUGAUGGAACAAAUCAGAAGACUUGAAAGUGAAAUGGACUUCCUCAAAAAUGAACACUUUGCCAGCCCUGUAGUUUGUGACUCUGUUCAGCCUUCUUUGGAUCAGUCUCCCCACAAGGACUCUGAAGACAGUGGACAGAAUUCAGUUAUAAAUAGUUCAGACAUGGGAGAAAACAAGGAUAUCCAUCUUUCAAAAUCAGAUGAAAUUGAUUCCACUAUUCCUAAAGAGAAUUUCCCACGUUCUUUCCCCAGGAGAGAAAGAGAAGGAAUGCCAUCUUCUUCUCCAUCAAAUAAAAGCACAGUCCAUUUUGAUAAACCCAAUAGGAAGUUGUCUCCUGCUUUCCAUCAAGCACUACUCUCUUUCUGUCGAAUGUCAGCAGAUAGUCGUUUAGGAUCAGAGGUGUCUCGGAUUGCAGACAGUGAGAAAAGUGUUAUGUUAAUGCUGGGGCGCUGCCUGCCACACAUUGUUCCUAAUGUGCUGUUGGCAAAGAGAGAGAGAAUGGUUUUACACCUCUGUCAGGAGUUGAUCCCCCUCAUAUUGUGUACAGCCUGCCUACAUCCCGAGCCUAAAGAGAGAGAUCAGCUUCUCCACAUACUUUUCAAUUUGAUCAAGAGACCAGAUGAUGAGCAAAGGCAAAUGAUACUGACAGGUUGUGUGGCAUUUGCACGUCAUGUUGGUCCAACACGUGUAGAAGCUGAACUUUUACCACAGUGUUGGGAACAGAUUAAUCACAAAUACCCAGAAAGAAGAUUGCUUGUGGCGGAAUCUUGUGGAGCACUGGCACCUUACCUUCCUAAAGAAAUCCGUAGCUCCUUGGUUCUUUCAAUGUUGCAACAGAUGUUAAUGGAAGAUAAGGCAGAUUUGGUAAGAGAAGCUGUGAUCAAAAGCCUCGGUAUCAUUAUGGGAUACAUUGAUGAUCCAGACAAAUAUCAACAGGGUUUUGAACUGUUGCUGUCAGCCUUGGGUGACCCCUCAGAAAGAGUAGUUAGUGCAACACAUCAAGUAUUUUUACCAGCUUAUGCUGCCUGGACUACAGAACUUGGAAAUUUACAGUCUCAUCUUAUACCUACAUUGCUGAACAAGAUUGAAAAACUUCUCAGGGAAGGAGAGCACGGGCUGGAUGAACAUAAGCUCCACAUGUAUCUGUCUGCCUUGCAGUCCUUGAUCCCAUCUCUCUUUGCAUUAGUGCUACAGAAUGCACCUUUCUCCAGCAAAGCCAAGCUUCAUGGUGAAGUGCCACAGAUAGAAGUGACUAGGUUCCCUCGGCCUAUGUCGCCUCUUCAAGAUGUGUCUACUAUUAUUGGAAGUCGUGAGCAAUUGGCAGUACUGCUACAACUUUAUGAUUACCAGCUGGAACACGAGGGUACAACAGGCUGGGAGAGUUUACUAUGGGUUGUCAAUCAAUUGUUGCCACAGCUUAUAGAAAUAGUUGGCAAAAUUAAUGUUACUUCAACUACCUGUGUCCAUGAAUUCUCCAGAUUUUUCUGGCGCCUUUGCCGGACAUUUGGCAAAAUUUUUACAAACACUAAGGUAAAACCUCAGUUCCAGGAGAUUUUAAGACUGUCUGAAGAAAAUAUUGAUUCCUCAGCAGGAAAUGGGGUCCUCACUAAAGCUACUGUCCCCAUUUAUGCAACAGGAGUCCUUACGUGUUAUAUUCAGGAAGAAGACCGAAAGCUGUUAAUUGGAUUCUUAGAAGAUGUAAUGACCUUGCUUUCAUUAUCUCAUGCUCCUCUUGAUAGCCUGAAAGCUUCUUUUGUGGAACUGGGUGCAAAUCCAGCCUACCAUGAGUUAUUGUUAACUGUUUUGUGGUAUGGUGUUGUCCAUACUUCAGCACUUGUGAGAUGUACUGCUGCUAGAAUGUUUGAGCUGUUGGUGAAGGGGGUGAAUGAAACUCUGGUAGCUCAGAGGGUUGUUCCUGCUCUCAUAACUCUCUCCAGUGACCCUGAAAUCUCUGUCAGGAUUGCCACAAUUCCAGCCUUUGGCACUAUUAUGGAAACAGUUAUUCAAAGAGAGUUGCUGGAAAGAGUGAAAAUGCAGUUGGCUUCUUUCCUGGAAGAUCCUCAAUAUCAAGACCAGUAUUCUUUGCAUACAGAAAUCAUAAAAACAUUUGGUAGAGUUGGGCCUAAUGCAGAACCAAGGUUCCGAGAUGAGUUUGUUAUACCACAUUUGCAUAAGUUAGCCUUGGUGAACAACUUACAAAUCGUGGAUUCUAAAAGACUGGAUAUUGCUACCCAUCUUUUUGAAGCCUACAGUGCACUUUCCUGUUGUUUCAUUUCAGAGGAUUUAAUGGUUAAUCACUUCUUACCUGGUCUCAGAUGUUUACGAAUUGACAUGGAACAUCUUUCUCCAGAGCAUGAGGUUAUUUUAACUUCCAUGAUAAAAGAAUGUGAACAAAAAGUAGAGAACAAGACCGUCCAAGAGCCUCAAGGCUCAAUGUCAAUUGCUGCAAGCUUAGUGAGUGAAGAUACAAAGACCAAGUUUUUGAACAAAAUGGGCCAGUUGACAACAUCAGGUGCCAUGUUGGCCAAUGUGUUUCAGAGAAAGAAGUAAAAGCAGGAAGGAAGCCCCCAGUAAACACUAAAUGGACCUCAAGCAGACUGGUUCCUUGUACUUGAAGUACUUGCCUUUUUUUAUUUCUUUUUUAUGUUCUUGCAUUAUAAUUUUAUCUUAACCUCCAAAGAUAUUUGCACUGCUUUUGAUUAUUGCUGUAUAUCUGUUGAUUUUGGAGUUACAACUGUGGUGAUAAAAAAUUGAGUUGAUAGUCUGUACCAAGUCCCUCCUCUGUGUUCUUGUCUUUCAGAAUAAUUUUAUAUAUAUAUAUAUAUACACACAUAUAUAUAUAUAUAUGGUUUUUUUUUAAUUUUUGGAUGGGAUAUUAGCAAAUAUCUGUAUGAUACACUAAGCUAUUACAGUGGUACUUAAAAUAAUGUAAAUUUGCAGUCAUUGUUAUAAAGUAAUAAAAGUGGAGAUUACUUAAGUAUUUAAAUUAUGAAAGAAUAAAGCAGACUUUUUAUUGUUUCUUAACUGACUAGAAAGAGCCACCAGCAUUACUCUGUGCCUUUUGGACUUCAGUUUGUGUGUCUGUAGGAGUUGUGUGCAUUCCAUUCACACAGUGUUUAUAAUACUGCAGUGAAUUUGAAUUGCAAAUCCUACAGUAAGUAGAUAAUAAUGAAACUUUCAAUAUUUCAGCACUCUCAUGAAUAUUCUUUAAGUGCUAUUUAAACCUCCCCAUCACUUACAUGCAUAUAAUGGACUUACCUGAGGAAACCCAGCACAGAAGCAUGGGGAGUGGUUAACCAAGGUGAAUUUUACAUACUGGUGUGUAGUAGAUUUAAAUUCUCAAAACUAAAUUUAAGUAAGAAGACCUAAUAAUUGUGACAUUUUUUCCCAAACCGAAAUACAGAAGAAAAUAAUGGUUUGAAUCUAAUAUUUAACACCUAUUUACAUAAAACAUUUUAUUAAGAUGUUUUCUAAUGAUUUUAAUUUCAGAGAUUAUCUUUUCAUUCUGUGUGUUACAGAGAAGUACAGAAAAGUUCAGGACAUUUGGGGGCUGCUUUUUUCCCUCUAAACUAAAAAUGACACUGGCUAAAUUAUUACUGGUUAGUCAUCACCUUGUCCCUUAAAGUCAGUGACUAUUCUUGUGUUUGAUAUAUAUUACAUAGAGUCUUAAGUCAGUGUACUGUUCCGCUGGAAUUUGACAGUUGUCUUUAAAGUAACGCAACUUGAAGUAGAAAAGAGUGGUCCUGGACAUAGAAGGGAGGUGGUUGGUUUAAGGGGUUAAUGUGAGGCCUUUUUGAAAAAUGCAUAUUUUGGUAAAGAGAAUUCUCUUUUGAGCACAGCUGAUACAAAUGGGUGAUUGUCAUGUUUGUUGUAUAAACUGGUUUAAUACACUUGGAACAUAGGUGGUUUAUAUUCACUUCCUGGGAAAGCUAGCUUACCACAUAUUAAAGCUUAUAAAAUAAGUUGCCAUAGGCAAAGCCAUUUAAAAAGUUUAUUCUGAAAUUAUUUCUUUUACCUACAGUGAAAUAAUUGUUAAGUAACUAGUCUUUACGGAAACUGUUGGAUUCUAGGCAUUCCUGAGAAAUUGAAAGUGGCUACCUUUCAUGUCAAAAAUGUUGAUCUAUUAUAAAUAAAAUGUUUUUGCAUACUU